AAGUGGAUUGAAUCUCUCGGAUAUCCCCAGUACACGGUAAUAUACAGCAAAUCUGUGCUGCUGUAUUUCUUAAACGUCUUUAAUACAGGAUGUAUAGUAUAGUAUUAGAAUGAUGACACAGACGCUCCUGAAAAUGAAAUAAAGCUGUUCUGAGCAGAGAGCCAGGCCCUGGUGCUCUCUCUGAAAUCAUCAUAGAAAACAUAUAUUUUAUCAAGUAGUUCAUCUUUAACUCGAUGAUUGUAAAAUGUAACACAUAGUUCUUUAAGAAAAAUACCCAUGUUUACCCCUCUUGUUAAAAACUCUGGACAGCUUUUCUUUAAUAACGCUUUGUCAUCACUGCCCCCUUAUGCUUUCCCAGCAUCACAUGGACAAGAAAAGCCUUUUUGUUCUAAAUAAACAUCAGCAGUGUGUGCUUUUCUCCGAACAACAUAAAACAGUGCAAAAACAAAGAUAAACAAACAUUCAGAUGUAAUGUAGGCCACACAUGAGCACACAAAUGUUUUUUUUUCCUUAUGGCUACACCUUUUCAUUUGCUCUGAUUAAUUAAAGCAAUAAAAUGCAUAAAAUCAUGUUUUUAUAUUUGUUGUGAUUGUAUAUUAAACUGCUCACAGGCGUGCUUUACUGAGAACUUCAUCACAGGCAAAAAGCUGAUUUACGUAAACUGCUAUUAUUUGCCACAAUUAGGGAUCACUGACUUUGAACAUAUGAAGGCAAUCUCAGCAUGUGUCCGUGAGCUGCUAGGCAUCUCGGAGCCAUUGUGGAGUCGCAGUAUUGCAGAUCCUCCAAGAGAUGAUAUGGGCAUGUUUUUGGAAGUCAAAAGCAGGACUGGAGAAAGAGCUGAUUCCAUUACCUAUGCUCAGUUCCUCAAUUACCAAAAGAAGUAAACAGCAAGAUUACAGUAAAACAGCUGAUGAAUCUCAGUAAAACAAAUCCUGAAAGAUGUUAAAGCUUUUCUUUUAAUUAUAAUUAGCUUUACAAAUUUGGCCAAGGAGCUUCAUUACUUUUAUUGUUCUUCACAACACGAUCUAUCCCUGGUGUGUGAUUGUGGGGAAUAGACUAUGGCUUACUGGGUUUUGCCUUCAUAAUUCAAGCAUUCUUUGUCUUAUGUGUUUUACAGUGAUAGGGAAUUGGAAGUUAUGUAAGGUUUAAUUUGGCCUGUAGUAUGCUUGGGCUCAUUUAGUGCCAUCCUUUUUCAUAAUUUUAUGAAACCCAAAUAAUUAGUGUAGCUUUGGGAAUAAUUUUACAUCAACCAUUAAAAAAUGUAAAAAAUUCCUAAGGAUGCACCAGUCUGAUCUCUGGUAUUAGAGCUAAUACUGAACUGAACCACUGUAUUGGCAUUGGGUUGGACAUAAUUUUAUAGUAUGCUCGUGCAUUAUGUUGCACACAACACAGACCUUGCACAUGAACACAGGACACUAAUUGUCUCAAAAACUCAUUGUGUACAUAUGCUUUGCACAAUUUGUCAACAUAAACUGGAAGAAGGACAUGGUUCUGGUGACCAGUGGAACUGGUUUAUCAAAUGCUUUUAGUUGCAAUAUUUUUUAUUUAAGCAAGGCAUGUAUGCUCAUUUAACACUCUAAAUAAAAGAUACAUUAAUAAUCCUUUUCAUUUUGUUGGCCUGCAAUAUAAUAUAGUUUUAAACCGAGUAUAAUAUGAUCACUUAUAGAAUUCCAGGAUCAUUAAUGUUUUUGUUAUUAACCAGUGUAAUGCACAGAUUAAGGCAUUGAUAGUGACAUUUAUCUGUUAUUAAUACAGUUGAUUCAGCUGAGCUAAUAUGCUUAAGUGGUCCCAUUAGUGUUAAACCCUAUAGAAGAUGCGAGAGUGAUGACAUGCCCUCCUGGAAACCUGCUAAGCAAUACUGGGGAUUAGAUUCAUUCCCGACAGCAACAAUUAACAGUGAAAAACAUCUUCAGCGCGCUUUUUCGGUGAUCUCUAAUCUGAAGCCACGCACGUCCAGCUGCGGCUUGCGUUGCGCUGUCAUCAUGUCAGAGAGCGGCGGCGCGCGGAGAAGCGAGCGGAUGUGACACCUGCUCCGCCGCUCCAGACUGACACCACCGGAGGCCAUAUUUGGGGCGGGUGAGCCAAGAGAUGCUAAAAACAUCUGCCCUGGCCUGCUGUGAUGCGAUCCCAGUUCAAGCCCAGUCGCGCUGUGUGUUUGCUGUCGGCGGCCACUGAGACAUUUUCUCCGCUAAAGCGGCGCGUAAAGCCGUAAUGCGGACACGCGCGGAGAGAGAGACACGCGAAGAGGCAUCCGCAAGUGAGGAUUUCACUGAGGCUCCUUGUAGCUGGACGUCUGUUACUCCUGCAGAGAUGGGAUCCCAUUCGUGUUUUAUCUAGUCGUCCACCCGUUCGCCCAUUACGGUCAGCGCUAAAGAAGCCGUCCUCAGAGGGACUGGGCGAUCAUGCUGUAACGGGAAGAAGCGGGAUUUGGUGGGAAGAGGGGCGGUGUGCCGCACGAAGCAAGGCUGAUAUCUACACAAGGGGUGGUAUUACAACAGUGAACCCAGAUGGAGACCAUUUUUGUUUAUUUGAUGGUCAUGAUCAUGGCAGUAAAGGCCCAGAAGAUCCAAAUAUGUCCCAAACGUUGCAUUUGUCAAGUGCUGCCUCCCAACUUAGCCACCUUAUGUGACAAAAAGGGGCUGCUUUUUGUUCCCCCAGACAUUGACAGACACACAGUAGAACUGCGACUCGGUGACAAUUUUAUCACAACUGUCAAACGGAAGGACUUUGCCAACAUGACCAAGCUUGUAGAUUUGACACUUUCCAGGAACACAAUUGGCUCUAUCACACCUCAUGCUUUCAAUGAUCUGGAGAACCUGCGUGCCCUGCACUUGGACAGCAACCGACUGACACGAAUCACAAACGACACGUUUAGCGGCAUGUCCAAGCUUCAUCAUCUCAUUCUGAACAACAACCAGCUCACGUAUAUUCACAUAGGAGCCUUUAAUGACCUCCUGGCCCUUGAAGAGCUCGAUCUCUCCUACAACAAUCUAGAAAGUGCCCCAUGGGUGGCCAUCCAGCACAUGACUAGUCUGCACACCUUAAGUCUGGACCACAACAUGAUAGACUAUAUACCUGAGGGCACAUUUUCGGGCCUCAUGAAACUCAAACGUCUGGAUGUGACUUCCAACAAGCUUCAGAAGCUUCCACCUGAUCCAGUCUUCCAGCGUGCAGGUGUUUUGGCCACAUCAGGCGUUUUGGGUCCGUCAUCAUUUGCAUUGAGCUUUGGGGGGAACCCAUUACGGUGCAACUGUGAGUUGCUGUGGUUGAGGAGACUACGGCGUGAGGAUGACCUAGAGACUUGUGCUGCUCCACAGCACCUCUCUGGACGUUACUUCUGGACAGUGUCUGAAGAAGAGUUCCUGUGUGAGCCUCCCCUCAUCACACGUCAUUCCCAGGAAACCCGGGCAUUAGAAGGCCAACAUGUUACUUUGCGCUGUAAGGCACGGGGUGACCCAGAUCCCGUUAUUCACUGGAUUGCCCCUGAUGGCAGACUAGUGUCCAACUCAUCUCGAACAGUGGUGCACACUGAUGGGACACUAGAUAUCCUCAUAAGCACAGUGAAAGACUCUGGAUCGUUCACAUGUGUGGCAUCCAACCCUUCUGGAGAAGCACAGCAGACUGUUCAGCUAUUUAUCAUCAAACUGCCACAUUUCACAAAUGACACAAGCCUAGUACAGGAGCCAGAUCCUGGAUCCUCAGAUAUUGCUACAUCCACCAAAUCAGGUGGAGAUGGUGGCACUGCCAUUAGCAACACCAAAGCUGGGCAGGAAAAACGGGUGCUGAUUUCUGAAAUUACAUCCUCCUCUGCUCUGGUGAAAUUUAACUUACAACGGAAUAUACCCGGGAUUCGGAUGUUCCAAAUCCAGUACAAUGGCUCCUAUGAUGACUCGCUAGUCUACAGAAUGAUCCCCCCAACCAGUAAAACCAUCCUGGUGAACAACUUGGCACCUGGGACAUCGUAUGACCUCUGUGUGCUUGCGAUUUAUGAUGACGCAAUGACCGCGCUGACGGCUACCCGCGUGGUAGGGUGUGUUCACUUCGCAACAGAGCCCCAGUACCUCCGGUGCCACUUCAUGCAAUCACAGUUCCUUGGAGGUACCAUUGUUGUCAUAAUCGGAGGUAUCAUUGUGGCCUCAGUCUUGUCUUUCAUCAUCUUCCUUAUUGUACGUUAUCGAGUGUGCAACCAGGAGGGAGAGGACAAGGGAGUAGAGCUAGGAGAGGUUCGUUCUCAGUCCAGGAGUGAGCAGCUGCAGGUUUGCGGAAUCAUCAAGUCUAUGUCCAAGCAGGUUCUGGGUGUGGAGAUGGAUGCCUGUCGGAAAGUUUCCCCACAGCUGGAGUCAAUGCCAACAUUAGGAACUACACCUGGGCCUCUGCCCUCUAAACCUGCCCUUCCUGACUGCACCGUUACUACCUCUGCUGCCAGUCACAGCUGGCAUCCUGCCUCCCCCAACACCCAGCGUCCCAUGCAUGCUGCCUCACACAAACCUACAGGUCCUCAAAAACCAGACACGCAGAUCAGUGUGGAGCUUGACAACACCAACAAAAACAAUUCAGCCAAGUCGCGCCCGAAAUCUGCCCAGAUGCGAGUCUACUCCACCACGGUGAUGCCAGUGUCCAGAAGGGCACAGCUCGAGUCCUCACGCUACAUGACUGUUCCAGUGGGAUGUAUGAGAGUGAGUCGCAGACACUCUUUAAAUGUAGACUCCUGUAAGCAGCCCAGCUAUGGGAGUCUCCCACAGCAGACUGGCAGCCUUCGCUCUAAACGUAGUCUGUCCAUGAGUGGCGGAGAUCUUCCCCAGCUGGACGUUUCAGUCAAAAUCCAUGGAAAAGACUCACUGUCCAGGUCAGAAUGGGUUCUAGAAAGCACACUUUAAUUAGGUUUUUUACAACCUUAUCACACUGGUUUUUGGUAGACUUACAGACCAUUUUAUUAUUAUAGGUCAGACAAAAAAACUCAAAUCUUUUAAAAGUAUCUGGUUUCUGUCUUGGACAUGACACUCUUACAUAGUGGGGGGAAAAAAGGCAACAGACUGAUCAGUGUCUUUUUUUUUUUUUUAAAGAACAAACAAAAUACCAUUUUCUGCAUAUACUAAAUAAUGCAGUUGACAUGUAUAUUACUUUGUUAUAUGGAGAAAUCCAUACAGUACAUCCUGUAUAAACAUGUUAUGUUGUGUAAAAUAAAAUGUGAAAAGCCCCUUUGUUUUCAUCUGAUAUUUAAAACAGGCUUGCCAAUAUAACUAAGCUUGCCAAUAGAACUCAUUUAAGAUGUGAUCAUUAGUUAGAAAUAAUAGGCAGAACAUUUAGUGGAUUUAAAUAUUUAUUUGCUAAAACUCACCCUGUAAUCAAUAUUGUUCCUGAUUACGCUCCAUUAUCAGUGUAGUGAGAUUAGUGUAAUGGUCUCUGCCCUUUGUUCCAAAGCCAUCUAAACACACACGAAAACAUGAUACGACGGAUUUAAUCCCUGUAUAAUGCUACAGCAACGUACGCUGUACAGAAAGCAUUGUUUUAUUGACUGCACAGUGAACCAUCAAGUCACAAUACAGGGGGUGUGGUUAUGGCAAGAUAACUGUGAAUAUAUCAUAUUUAGAUUGGGUAAUUGGAGAAAUGGUUGUGGAGAGCGGUUUGGAUGCAGAAUUAAUGUUAAACUCCACCUAAAUCAUCCCACACCACCACAGAUUUUGUUUUACAGCCCAAGCAAAAAUUACAUGCACAAUGCACAAAAGUAGCCUAGCUGGGGGAAAAAAAAAACCCUUUGCAUUUUAGUCUGUACACUGCAGAAAAAAUCUUAGCAAGGAAAAUAUCUCAAAUAUAAACAAAUUCAAUCAUUGUUAUUUUAUUAAGCCUAUUUCUGGAUGUUUUACCCAUUUCAAGAUUAUCUUAUUUUGCUCAUUUCAUGUGUUUGUAGAAAAAAGCAUGAUUAUCUGCCUAUAGUAUAUGAUAAUAGAUAAUAUGCCUUGAAAUAGGCCUGUUUGUUACAGUAUAUACUAAACUCAUAAUGAAAAAUCGCAGCUAACAUUUCUUUUUGUCCAGUAUAUCAUUACUUGCUAAGAUGUUUUGCAGUGUAAUAUAAAUGAUUAUGUUAACAAAAGACUUUAUUUAAUGAUAUUUAAGUUAUUGAGCUGUGUGUCACAUGAGAUCCGCUGGCAAGCUUUGAGGUUUACAGAUUAGAAAACAGGCAUCGAUACAUCAUGGAGUCUAACAAUGAAGCAAUCAGAAAGCUGCAUUGUCAAUACUAUUUCAUUCUGAUGUUAUCUCCAGUAUGGAGAGAUGAGCUCAUGUUCUUUCUAGCUAGGUGGAGGUAAUAUAUUUCAUGGCUGAAUAAGCCUGCAGCAGUGAAGGUUGUGCGGUAAUUAUUUUUAGAAGUGUUAAUCUUCAGCUCCCACGGCAGCACUGAGUAGGAGAGGGGAUCUCUCACAAGCAUAGGCUCUCUGAGGUCUUCUGUUUGUUCAAAGGAAUGGCAAGAAGGCUAUGAAAGAGGCCAUUCUAGUCCCAGGAGACUCUGCUCCCCUCCCUUUCCCACAAGCUCUCAUGCUUAUAAAAGCAGCCCUUAAAUUUCACACAGACAACGAGCCUGCAUCCACCAUAGCACCGAUUACAGAACAUCACUUUACUUGACUGUUAAAGGACAAAUGGGUUUAAAUUGGCAAUAAUUUGCAUCAGCAGUAAGAAGAUUUGUGGCUUCCCAUUUAGCUAGAUGCGCCACUGGAGAGAUAAAUGCCAGGUAUCAUUUUAAAAGAAUAAAUGUAAAUGAUGCCUAUGGAUGGAUAAAUGCAACCGUGGAAUAUGGUGUUGAACAGAUUAGGGUAUUAACAUUACUGCUGGAAGCUAUGAUGUCAAUUAAGGAUUGAUUAAUUCAUGCACAUGAGGAGGGCAGGUCAUUGUUCCUUCUGCUCAUUAUCAGUAUUAAAAUGCUGCAAACUUUAGCACGCUGUGUGACAGUCUCAAAUCGGUCCCAUAAGGGCGCAUAAAUAAAACAUGAGUAUCAGGGGCGAGAGCUUCGCUUGAAAUCCGACAAGGAGCUCCUUAGCUCUUGGGCUAUGAUUCAGUCAGCUGCAGAUAAACAGAGCUCAUCCUGUUCGUAAAGGGUCAGUAAUUACUACUCCUGCCAUAUGGUGCACUGCCACUUUAGCACUGAUAUACCGAGGCCAAGGUAAUGAGAGUUUCAGUUUAAUUACCCUCAUAUAGGAGAAGAGUCAACCACUUAAGAUACUCCUGAAUAAAAGCUUGCUGUCCUCCUUUGUCCAAGACCAAAAAUAUAGGCGAUAUUUACCUUUUCAACAGAUGCAGUCAGCUAAUCAAUACUUAAUGCUAUACAGAUAACAUGUCUGUAUUGUUCCAUAAGUUUUGCUCUUUAUUUUAAAAAGUAAUAAAGUUUUGUUUUGUUUUGUUUUGUUUUGUUUUCCUUUUCUGCAGGUGCCUUUUCACUGGGUCAUUGUAUAGUUAAUAUUUCUUGGAACAUUUUUCUGAAACAAAAGAAAUGCUCUGUUGUAGGAUUUUACAUAAAAUUGUUAAUGGGACAACCACAGAGUCGUAGAUGAAACACUUUUCUAAGAGACUUCUAAGAGUACGUACAAGCCGAAUCUCUGCACGUCAACUCUGCAAACAUACAAAGAAUGUGAUUCUAUUUUGUCACAUAAAAAGCAUCAACUUUGUCUUUCUUGCAUUAUUGAUUUUCCAAUUAAAUGUCUACAAUG